CCUUGGGCGGGGCCUUGUGCAGCCAUGGCGGGACCUUGUGCAGCCAUGGCGGGUGCCGCCGUGACCGCGCUGCUCCGCCGGCCCGGGCUGCGCUCCCGCCUCGGGCUGCUGCACCGGCCCGGGCUGCGCUCCCGCUCCGCGCUGCUGCCCGGCUCCGCGCUGCACUCCCGCCCCGGGCUGCGGCCGCUGCCCUCCCGCACGCUCCGCAGCCCCCCCGCUUCCCGCUGCUUGCAGGCCAGCGCCGCCAAGAAGGCGAAGGAAGGCGGCGAUGGAGCGGGCCCGGCGCUGAGCGCGGAGCAGCAGGAGCGCAUCCGCAGGAACAAGGAGGCGGCGCGGCGGCUGCUGGCCGAGCGGAACGUGCCCCCGGGCUUCGGCGACAGCUGGCGGCGGCAGCUGGCCGGGGAGUUCUCCAAGCCCUACUUCGUGGAGCUGAUGGCGUUCGUGGCCGAGGAGAGGAAGCGCUACACGGUGUAUCCGCCCCCCGAGCAGGUCUUCACCUGGACGCAGAUGUGCGACAUCUGGGAUGUAAAGGUUGUUAUUUUGGGACAAGACCCAUACCAUGGACCUAAGCAAGCUCAUGGGCUCUGUUUCAGUGUCCAGAAACCUGUUCCACCUCCCCCCAGCUUGGAGAAUAUUUACAAGGAGCUCUCUGAGGACAUUGAGGGCUUCACCCACCCUGGCCAUGGGGACCUGACGGGCUGGGCCAAGCAAGGGGUGCUCCUGCUCAACGCGGUGCUGACGGUCCGGGCUCACCAGGCCACGUCCCACAAGGAGAGGGGCUGGGAGCAGUUCACAGAUGCUGUGGUGUCCUGGCUCAACAAGAACCUGCACGGGCUGGUCUUCAUGCUCUGGGGAGCCUAUGCCCAGAGGAAAGGCAGCUCCAUCGACAGGAAGCGUCACCACGUCCUGCAGACGGUUCAUCCCUCACCCCUCUCUGUCAACAGAGGGUUUUUUGGCUGCCGGCACUUCUCCAAGACUAAUGAAUUCCUCAAGAAGUCUGGGAAGAAGCCCAUCGACUGGACAGCACUCUGAGCUGGGGCUGAGGCUUGGGGCAUUUCUGAGAAACUCCUGCUGACCUGAGGGUUGUUCUUUGGUUGUUGAUCAAUGAGCAAAUGACCAAACUUCCAGAGAUGGUUAUAUUUUUGUUUUAAAUGUUUAUUUUUUGACAGCGUGUUUGAUGGAGAGCUCUGCUGCUGGAACAGAUCUUAGCCUGGUUUGAAGCAAAAAAAGACCCCAAGCACCAGGGUUCUGUAUUAAUUUGUGCUUGUUGUGGCAGUGGGAAUUUAUUUUUAGAUUCUAGUGAAGGGAUGUCAGUUCUUACUGAGCUGCUCAGCUUUUGUGCAUGCUCUGCUGCCUCCUUCCAAAAAAUCCAGUUUGCCUAUUUAGGGGGAAAUGGAGCUGUCUCCAUGGGAGGAAAAGGCUUUUGGUUUUAGCUUUUUGCUACAGAUUUAUUACAAAAAUAGCUUCUCAAGGCUGUAAAGAAAAUACAGGGUCAGGAGUUUUGCUUGGUGUAUCCAUGAUCUCAAGAUUGUGGGAUAAAUCCUCCCUUCAGCCACAGGGAGGCUGUGACCAAGACCCUUGGUAAUGCUUUUGAAUUUUUUGUUGGCAUUUAGACAGGAAAAUCAAAAGGUUUUAGGUUCUUCCUGGGUGUGGGAUCACCUGGGUGACAGGUGAGCUGUGCUGACCAAGGACCUGGGGGUACUUGCUGAUGGCAGCAGCGAAGGUUUCUUCAUUAACACCUCCCAAUUAAUGGAGUGAUAGUUGCAAAUUACUUCAGAUCUUUUUAAGAUCUUAAAAGAGGGAACUUUGUGCUUUGCCACCUUGGGAGCAAAUUAAAGUUUCCACUUACUGUUGGCAAUAACUGUUAGGAUUUCCAGGAGGAAGAGGUGUUGACUUCAUACUCCUGGAUUUCCAGCCCAUCUUUGACAUUGUAAUUCCUUUAAUGGAAGUGAAAAGCCCUUUUUAUUUUUCUCCUUGGAAAUUAACCAGUUUUUGUAGAAUAUCCUUGUAACCCUUCCUCUGGUGUUCUCUCUGAGCUAACACUAUCACCAAUGAGUUUACACUGUCUGUGCCCUUGCUGUAUAUGUUGUUUGCUUGGGUUUUUUUUUCCCAGUCUGUUUUUUAAAAUAAAAAAUGACUUUGUUUA